AUUUUGAAAUACAGAACUUCCGGUAGGCAGGGUUGCUGUUUUCUUCCACACCGCCCGGACUUCAGUGUUUCUGUUAUGGACUGACAAUUACACGGCCUGUGGAAUUAACAUUUUCUCAAUCUUAGAAACACCACCGCUGUCUGGACAGAUAGUGGCGGGGAUGCGGCAUCGACAUGGGAAAUCUUUUCGGGAAAAAGAAAGCAACUCGGGUGACCGAGCACGACAAAGCUGUGCUGCAACUGAAGCAGCAGAGAGAUAAACUGAAGCAGUAUCAGAAGAAGAUUACGCUUCGGAUGGAGAACGAGCGACAGUUGGCCAAACAGUUAAUAAAAGAUGGAAAGAAAGAUAAAGCACUCCUACUCCUCAAGAAGAAACGCUACCAGGAUCAGUUGUUGGACAAAACUGAAAAUCAGAUAAGCAACCUGGAGCGAAUGGUGCAAGAUAUUGAAUUUACACAAAUAGAGAUGAAAGUCAUUGAAGGACUGAAAGUUGGCAAUGAUUGCCUAAAGAAAAUGCAUGAGAUGCUGUCCAUAGAGGAGGUGGAAAAGAUCAUGGAUGAAACGCAAGAUGCCAUUGAGUAUCAGAAGCAAAUUGAUGAGAUGCUGGCAGGAUCUCUGACCCAGGAGGAUGAGGAGGCUGUGCUAGCAGAGCUGGAGGCCAUCACUCAGGGAGAAGCUGACCUUGAACUUCCUGAGGUGCCUGAAGAAGAUCUACCAGAGGUUCCAGAGCAAGAGCCAGUGCGGGAGAAGGAGAAGGUAAAGAAGCCAGAGCGAGAGAUGUUGGCAGUGUAAAUACAAAUCUAUCAUACCUCCAUGUCUGCUCUCGAGCCGCUCCACUGGAGACCACAAGGGCUCAUCUCAUUCAAGACUCUGGUGUGAUUCUGGUGUGACAGUCCUCCCCCACGUACCUGUCGAAGACCUACAACCAUGCCAUUUUUUUUUUAUUGUAUAUAUACACUGCAUAUUGUAUACCAUUUAGUUAAGAUGAUUAUUCUGAAAUACUCUCAACAGUGCCUGGUCUUUCUAAUCACCCUACAGUUUUGUCUGAUCUUUCAUAUAUCAAAAGCGUAUCAUGUCAAUGCCUGAAUAUAUCUAAUGCAUGCAUCACUUUUAUUAUAACAAUCUCUGUUUAAAAUGAUUCCCAAACAUUAGUGUUUUAAAUACACCAUGUUUUGUCAUAAACAACACAAAACUGAAUCAUUUAAACUAUCAACUCCAGUAUAUCCAGUAUAAAUAUGUUCAAACGUUUCAAUGUGCUGCAAAUGUCAUUAAAAACUAAAACUAUGACAA